CAAAAAGAUGAAGAAAAAGAAGUGCAAUUCCUAGAUGCAUAUUUUUGAUGUAAAAUUUACGUGUUUUUUUUAUAAUUGAAGCAUAAGCAAGUUGUAUAAAUAGUUUAAUACUGUUUUUAAUACUUAUUAAACACUCAACGUUACUUUAAUUUUACGUGGAAUAGCAUCUUUUACUCAAAAAUGGCUACCAAAGAAAUUAUUGAAGUCGGUUCGUCCGAUGAAGAAGCCGAACCCCCGCCAAAAAAGAAGAAACCUGAAAGGAAGCCAGUUCCAAAUGCUAUGGUGCACAUACCGUCACGACUUCCUGGGAUUUCUAUAAAACCAGCAAAGAAGACUGCUAGUAAUUCUUCACAAAAUAUUCCAACUAAAAUAGUGAACAAAAACAAUACCCAGAAGGUAUACACUAUUCCAAAAAUGGUUGGUGGUGGUUCAAAAUCGAAUGUAUUCAUAAAUCCAUUAGUGAACAAACUAAAAAGUAAUUCCAUAACUGUAAAAAAAGCACCAGUACCAAAUACGGUAGUAUAUUUCAAAGAUCCCCUUGUACCAAAACAACAACCCAUUACAAAAACAUCUCAUGCUGUUAUUAAAAUUCCAAAUCAAAACAGAAACAACUUACCAAGUGUACAAAUAAAGAGUGUGCAAUCUCAAGGGCAAAAACAUGCAGGUGCAAGUGUUUUGAGUAAUUUGCCUUCUAGUAUUACCAUUAAAAAGGCUUCACCUACGAAAUCAAUAAUUAAUUUGCCUGCUAAGACACCUGUUACACAAAAAAGGAAAAAAAAUAAACCAAAACUGCCUGUCACGGAAAUUCCAGUGGUGAACUUGGAUGAUGAAGAGGUUGCAGAACAACAGUCCACAUCUAAUCCGCAGUGGUACAUGAGGCCUGAAGAAUCACUGAAAUCCUAUCAAAACAUUGAGGAUGAUGAUAGUGCAAAUGUAAACUUUGAGGAACAGAACAAUAGAGAACCAGAAACUCCUAAAUAUGUUGAAAUUACGAUAGAAGAUAGUCCUAUAAAGCCACCCGAAAGAGGUUUUAACGAAAUAGGAAAGGAACUUCCUGUAAUAAUUGAAGACAGUCCAUAUAAGAAUAAAUCCAAUGACGAAAUAAAUCAUGGUAAAAUAAGGGAAGAUCCACAUAGUAGAAAAAAACUUAAUUAUCCACAGGAAUCACAAGGUAUACGGCAAGUUGUGGAAAUUGAAAUAGACCCAAUAGCCACAUCAAAUAUUUUAACAGAAAACAAUGAGGACAAAUCUGAGGAUCACCCAAAAGAGCAGAACGAACAUAAAACUGAUGAAAAAUGUGAAACGACAUCACAAAGUCUAAAAGUACAAGAACAGGAAUUUAUUCCCACAUAUCAGAAGUUUAUUGACACAUGUUUUGAAAUAGAAAAUUCAGAUGAUAUGAAAAAGAUUGUUGAGAAAAAAAUUAAGGCAUACUAUAAACAGUGUCCAAAGGAAUAUGUGGAAUCAGAAGAAUUUAUAGAUAUGGUUGCGAGCAAAACUGCAUCCAUAAAAGCGGGACCAGACAAAAUGUACCUUUUCAUUAAAGAUGUUGUGGAUGAGCUCAAUAUGCAACGGAAGCUGGCCAAGGCACAGGAGGCAAAGAAAGAAGAUGUCCCUAAAAUUGCAGAAGAAAGUUUAAUAAAGAAGGGAGAGGAAGGUGAAUAUGGCACUAAAAGAGCCAGGCAGAUACGGAAAUUGGAGAAAACCAUUAAGCAGCUACACCGGGCUAUACAAAAGUUAGAAGAACAGGAAGUAGACUUGGAUGAUGAGGAGAAUUCCAUGUAUUUACUUACAGAAAGAUAUAAAGAAAGACUAGUCCGCGUUCAUGCUAAGUUCCGUCAAAUGACUAACACAAAAAUGCCAUCAGAGCCUCGAAUAGUGAUAGAAGCUAGGCCCGGUUGCCCGCAGGGGCCUGCUAAAAAGUUGGAAAAGUUUGUGAACAAGAAGGUUCCAAUUGGUGCUCCCCUUCCUUUCCCGGACUUCCAUGACGUGCUACGCUGCGUCCGAGACGCCAACGAAGAAGAUGGAUUGGGUUGGUCGAAUUUGGAAAUGGAGGCUGAAGCACGAGAUUUGUUCGAAAGAUGUGGCAAAAAACUUAAAAGACGUAGACAAGAGAACGAAUGGAGAAUUUCAGUGGCUUCAAGGAUCCAAACUGACAACCAGGAAAAAGAUCCUGCAGAAGAUAAUGCAGAGUUAAAACGAAAGUUAUGCGAAAAUAAACUUAUUGCUGCUAAGAGGGAAUCCGAAGUCUUCAACAAAUACGCUGAUAGACAACACCAGUUGAAACUCGAACCGGAGGAAAUUGGAGAUAAGGAAGCAGAGGAAUCGGAGGCAGGUGAAAGUGAGGAGGAAGAAGCGUCAGAUUCACACUUAGCAGAUAAGGAAAAAAGAAAAGAAAUACUUAAAAAAUUAAUCCAAGACAAAAAUAAAAAGGUGUUAAGCAAAAAUGUCGAUGCUCCGCUAGAUGAUGCUGAAAGCAAAAGUCAAAAGUCGAACCCAGCAGAACAAAGCGAUGUUAAUGCUGCUAGCGCAAAUGAAAACAGUUCAGAAAGUGAAAUACAAAAAGUAUCGCUUGUCGAUAGUGAGAAUUUAAAUAGUAAUGAUGUAAUAGAUAUCGAUUCAGAUGAAGACGAGCUUCAUCUUUUGCAAAGAUUACGUUUCGAAGACGAGAGAGUCACCUCAUCGUCUGAUUCUGACUCGACCAUCGCAAUAUCAGAUUCUUCGGAAUCUGACAGUGAUGGUGAAACUGAUAAAAUCGUAUGCAGUGACAUUAUAAGUAUAGAGAAUUCUAGCUAUUCUGAAUCAGAGGCAUUACCGGAAGAAGUUGAUGGAUUAUCGAAUGUUGCGAUAGAAGUAAAUAGCAAUGCUAAUCAAGAUUCCAUAGCUGACCUCCCGGAAGAUACUACACUUGUAGACGAAAGUAAUGGUGACAAAAGUAACAAUUGCGAAUCUAUGGAAAAUAUCUUCCUAGAAUCUUCAGAAGAAGAUACCAUUACAGAGAAACAUGUGGCCUUAGGAGAGAUUCAAACAUGUGCGAAUUCGAAUGAUGAUGUGUUAUCUUUACCAGAGACUGUUUUAGAAGGUGACAACGAUCUCAAUAACGAUGUAGAUAAUAUGGAUAAAGAUGUAGAUAAUACAGUGAAUGAAAGUGAAGUAGGGGCAAGUAAUAACAAAGAAGAAAUUCAACCAACAAACGGUGAUUGUAUUGAACCCAAAGAUGCGAGUGAGCAAGCCACUUCAAAUGAUAAUGUUGCCGCGCCUGAAAUAAACAUUAACCGAGGCAAAGAAGUAAAUAUAGAUAAUAUAGUAGGUGAAGUACAAGAGAAGGCAUAAGAAACGACUGGUUCUAGAAGUGAAAAAAAUGACACGGAAAUCACAGUGUAAAUAUUGAGAAGAAAUAUUUAAACUCAAACAAAUUAUACAUUAAGAAUGUAUCUAAUGCUGCUACUUUAAUUGUGAAGCUGCUUAUUAAAGCACUGCUAAGAAUAAAGUAUGUUAAGGUGUAUAAUAUUAUGUUGAAAAGGGCAAACUAAUAAACUUGAUACAAGAUAUAAGGGGCUUAAAUAAUUGGCUCGAAGACUGAAAAAUUGUAUUGGUUGCAAUCAGUGCAAUUGUAGUAAUGUGCUGUAUAAAAAUUUCUUUAUUCUCCAAGUGCAUUUAUAAAAUAUGGAACCGUGUACUAUCAGAGAAAUUGAUUCGUGAGCAGAUACCUACCUAUUUUGGUCGCAUUUGUCAAACCCAGCCGACUUAUAUUAAGUUGACAUAUUCCGACCAAACACCGUAGGUCCGUCAACUGCAUACGAACCAAUUUCUUCUAUGGUAGACCAAUCGAAGUAUUCAGUAGGUACAGUUACUUUUACCUGAAAACAUAGGGACAGUUACGUGUCAAAUAUUUAUCUUUUUUUUAUAUAGGGCAAGUUUUUUAACUAAGCAAUUUAACCAGUAUUACCGGCCAGUGCCCAUACUGUUAAUUGACACUGAUAUAUACAGGGUGUAACAAAAACAA